AUGUCUAUCAAAGUACAAUCGAAUUGUGCUCACUUCAGGAGAGCUGAAAGUGUAAAACGCUGGAAAGAUUCAGAAACUUAUAAAGUGUCAUCCGUUCCAUCUAAGGACAAAAAGCACAAGGUUAAAUUUAGUGAUGAAUGUGUUUUUCUGGCUGCAUGUGCUGCUGCUGACACGGAAGAAGUUGAACAACUGCUUGAAAAAGGAAUAGAUAUCAACACAGCUAACGUUGACGGUCUGACAGCUUUGCAUCAGGCAUGUCUGGACAACGACUUGAACAUGGUUCAGUUCCUUGUUGAUCAUGGAUGCGAUCUCAACAGAGGAGACAAUGAAGGAUGGACACCUCUCCAUGCAGUUGCAGCAUGUGGUUUUUUAAGCAUUGCCAAAUAUAUAGUUAAAAACGGAGCAAAUGUAGCUGCAGUGAAUAUUGAUGGCCACUUGCCCGUUGACAUUGCCGAACCAAGCGAAAUGAAAAACUUUUUAUUCAAUGUACUUAUCGAAAAGGGUAUUGACUGCGAUCAAGCACGAUCAAAGGAAGAGUACAUCAUGCUUAAAGAUGCAACUGAAAUGUUGAAUUCCACUGUUUUUCAAGAUAAAAUCCAUUUGCCAACAGGUGCCUCGGCACUGCAUGUUGCUGCUGCUAAAGGCUAUAUCAGUGUUAUGAGUGUUCUUAUACGGGCAGGUGCGGAUUUGAAUGCUCAAGAUAACGAUGGAUGGACACCAUUACAUGCUGCUGCACAUUGGGGUCAAAAGGAGUCAUGUGUGACGUUAGUGGAUAAUUUGGCGAACAUGGAUGUCCAAAACUUUGCAGGUCAAACAUGUUUCGAUGUUGCUGAUCCUGAAUUGGUUAUUCUUCUUGAAGAACUUAAAAAUAAGCAGAUGUCAAUGGAAAAAGAUAGACAAGAGAUAUUGGUAGAACCUCAAAGAACUAGUACAAUACCACCAUCAAAAAGAAAAACGUGCAUCACUCGAAUGAGUAAUCAGGAAAAAAGAAAAUAUGUCAUGAACGAUAGCAAGUUGGAAAGAGCUCAUAAUGAGAGCCUAAUCCUGCCAGAAGAAAACAGUGAUGAAGAAAAAGGAAGGAAAACAAUGGGGGCUUUUGAGAAAUUGAUGAAAGAGGAUACAAAUGAGAUAAAAGGCGAAUCUAUUUUACCAAAUAAAGUGGCAACAGCUGAAUUGGAACUACAUGAUGAUAUUUCUUCAAAUGAAGCUGAUUUAGAAAACAUCCCGUUGCGGAAAAAGUGUUUGAGGCGAUCGUCUGAGUGUUUAGAAAGUUCAAAUUCAAUUUCUGAAACUUCAGAAAGACUAAAAUCAAAAACAUCUCCUGUGGAAAUAAUUAGGAGAUAUUUUGAAACUCAAGCAGCUAUCCAAAGAACGGGUCGUUUCAAGAGACUUCGCCCCAGUGGUGCUAUUUAUUUCGAUACAGUUGAGGAAAACGAAAUUACUAAAGAUAAACGUUCUAUUGCUCAAGAAGAAAGUGGACAAGGAGACAGAGCAUGUCAACAUUAUAGGUCAUUUACAUCUAUUCCAGACGAGGUAUUUGAAACAUCAUCUAGAACUGAAAACUCAUCAAGAUAUAAUUUAAGAAGUGUCAAAAGUUAUGUUGAAGAUAAUAGAGAUUUUAAAACUCUUUAUGAGGAACUCUCGAAAGAACAUGAAAAAUUGAAAGAAGACUUAAGGAAAAGCGAGGAAGAGUUAGAUCGGACAAAGAAACAGUUACAGAAGAAUUUUGUGAAGAAUUCAAUCAGUGAAAAAGAGCGGAAAGAGUGGAGAAAUCUUGAAAGAAAAUUGCAUAAAAUGGAAGAAGAACUGAAGCAAUGUGAGAAGUUGAAGGCUUGUAAUAGAAGACUAAAAGAUGAAAAUAGUGCACUAAUUCGAGUCGUAUGCAAAGUAUCGAAGUGA